CGUUGGCACGGCAGGACGAGCGCCAGGCCGGGGCUGGUUUCCAGUAAACAGCAAACGCGGGUGGUGUCCGGUGUCUGGAGUGCUGGAGCGUGACCGCGUGGGGCAGAUAUAGCCCCUGACGACGUGGCUCGGAAAUAGCAGCAGGGAGGCGUUAUAAACCCUGGCCCGGGCGGCCAAGCACCCAGGGCUCAGACACACGCAGCCGGACUCACACACACACUCACACACAGCCGGGCUCACACACCCCCCCAGGCCAGGCGACCCACAGGGCGAGGAUGUUCGGCAAGCGUAUGGUGCUGCACAGCGCGGGGGUGCUGUCGGCGGCCGAGCUGGGCUGCCUGGUGAAGGAGGAGGACGUGGUGCGGCACGAAUCCUUCACGGCCGAAUGGAGGGACCUGUCGCUCUCCACCAGGCCCGAGGAGGGCUGCUGCCUGCGGGAGGCGGACGAUCGGCGCAAGGAGACGUACUGGCAGCAGCAGGAGACGCGCUUCGUGGUGCAGCGAUCGCCCGGGCUCCUCAUGCGGCUGGGCCGGCUGGGCGAGCCCCUGGCCCGCUACCCCCUGCCCUACCAGCGGGCGCUGCCCCUGCCCCUCUUCGUGCCGGCCGACCUGAGCGCCAAGGCCGAGCGGGGAGCCACCCCGCCCCAGCUGCGCCACAGGACGGACUUCGAGAUGGCCCUGGCCGGGGGCGCCCCGCCCAGCGGGCAGUGCCGGGACAAGAGGGCCGUGUCGGAGAUCACCAAGGAGCUGCCCCCCGUCAUCCAGCCCAGCCGGCCCGACUUCGGCAAGUGGGACUUCCCCCGCUCCCUGUCCCGCUCGCUGUCCCAGGAGGCGCAGAGGGGCUGAGGGGCCGGGGCACGGACCUGCCCACAGGGCUCUGCGUUCCCAGCUCACGGCUCCCCCUGCAUGAGAAGUACCCACGGUGAGCCGGGCAACGCGGGGUUACUGUAGAGGCCCCAUCCCGGGGCCAAAGCCAUCCCGGGUGUAAGCUCAGCGAGGUUACGCCGUGGCUGCAUGUGGCUUUUCGAGUUAGGCUGUGAGCUCUGUGGGGCAGGGCCCGUGGGUUCGUACAGCGCCAUGCAUGCUGAUGGUGCUGCAAUCAGAACGCUGUCUCUUUAAGAACGGCCUUCUCGGCUGGGCUGUCAAUCAGCUGUCACAACAGCUGAUGAGCUUCGGAUCUAACAGCACAGCGGGGGGAGGGGAGUGGGGGCUAGUGGUUAGAACAGUCAGGGGCUAGGAGCCAGGACUCCUGGGUUCUAUUCCCAGCUCCGGGAGAGGAGUGGGGGCUAGUGGUUAGAGCUGUCAGGGGCUGGGAGCCAGGACUCCUGGGUUCUAUUCCCAGCUCCGGGAAAGGAGUGGGGGCUAGUGGUUAGAGCAGUCAGGGGCUGGGAGCCAGGACUCCUGGGUUCUAUUCCCAGCUCCGGGAAAGGAGUGGGGGCUAGUGGUUAGAGCUGUCAGGGGCUGGGAGCCAGGACUCCUGGGUUCUAUUCCCAGCUCUGGGAAAUGAGUGGGGGCUAGUGGUUAGAGCAGUCAGGGGCUGGGAGCCAGGACUCCUGGGUUCUAUUCCCAGCUCUCAGAGGGGAAUGUGGGCUAGUGGUUAACGCAAGUGACCGAGAGUCAAGAAGCUGGAUCAUGUCCCUAGCCCGGGGAGGACAAGUGAUGAAGUGGCGAUGCGGCAGACCCGGGAGGCUGCAGUUGCUGGCAUGGGGAGGCGCGAGGCGAGGCUCAGCUGGCCGGCACUGCAGGAGGAGGAUUGGUGCGUGAGGGUGGCGAGCGGCUCCCUGCAGAUGUCAGGACAGGGCUGACCUCGGGAGCUCAUUUGCAGCCUGAAUCCCCUGGGCUGAUAGUCCGGGGCGAGGAAUUCCCUGUCAGCGUCCCCGUCUUGCUCGGCCCGCUGCUGUUACCGUGGCGCUCGGUGUAUGAGUCCGUCUGGGUAAUAAACGGAGGCAAGGUG